AUGUUUUACGAUAAUCCGAUUCUUAUCAUUUUACGAUGCAGUCUUAUUGAGACGAUAUGCGCCGGCCGCUGCUGCGACCAGAAUAUGGAAGAACAUUUGCGCCAGCAGGCCAAGGAGGACUUUCACAACCAGAUCCAUCAUCAUAGCCGAAGUCUCCUCGGUCUCCUGGCAACUACCGCGGAUGCUCUCAGGGAGACGGUGACGAUUUUGGCACGUCAGUCGGAAAACAAGACGCUCAUGCUGUUCAACCAGGUGUACCGGGCAAUGGCAGCCCAGAGCAAGCCCUCCAUCGCCGGCUUAUACCAGGCGAUGGUGGACUACGUCUCGGCCUCGAACACGGCCGAGAGCCUCCAGCAGCCCUUGAGCCAGGAGAUGCUGCACGAACGAUUCGCCGAGUUCUUUACGCGGCUCUUCCCGAUCGCCUAUCAUCGAGCGGUGAACCCGAUGCAGGGCCAGCAGGACUUCACCGAGAAGUUCAAAAACUGCCUGUACAAGACGAUGGACGAGAUCGAGCCCUUCGGUGACAUACCCAAGCAGAUCGGCCAUUCGCUCGGCAAGAGCCUCGAGGCGACGAGGGUCCUCAUACAGGCCUUGACCCUCGGUAAAAGCGUCCUCGAGAAAACGGACGGACUGCUGUUCUCUGGCACGAGUGUCCAGCAGGAGGCUUGCUACAAGGCUCUUUUAAGGAUGACUCACUGUCCAAAAUGCAGGGACGUCCCGCACGAUGUCAUGCCCUGUCGUGGAUUCUGCACCAAUGUCAUGAGGGGCUGCCUGACGGAGCCGGCCUCGGAAUUAGACUUCGCCUGGUCGGACUACGUGGAGACGGUGGAGCGGCUGGUGGUGGCCGUCGAUGGACACAACGAUCCUCUGGCCCUGAACGUCGAGAAGGCGGUCAGACAUCUGGACAGCCGGAUUUCGGACGCGGUGAUGCACGCGAUGGAGAAGGGCCCGGCCCUCGAGGAAAAGGUGAGGAAGGUGUGCGGACGUCCCGAGCUCGAGUCAUCGGCCUUAGGAUCGCAGCUGGUGCUGCCCGCGAGUCUGGCCGCGUCGACGAGGGCCAGUGGAGCCGGGGGUCCGCUCUUGGGCCUCGACGGACGGACCCUCGGGGCUCCUGUGCACCCGCCCCUCGUCACCCAGGGCCCCAAGGCUCCGAAUCAACUUCACGCCCAGCUCGGCAACUUCCUCGCGAGCGUCGUCAGGUCGAGGACCUUCUACGGCACUCUCGCUGACACCAUCUGCGAGGAGUACCCGGACAAGGUGUGCUGGAACGGGGAACGAGUCGGAGAAUAUGCCAAAACGGUCGUGGAUUCUAGUUUAAUCUCACAAAGAUACAAUCCAGAAUUCACGUUUUUGGCAACGGGUCCAAAUGCAGAAAAUAAAGGCUACGUCAACGCAAAUACCAGUGUGCUUAUUGACCAACUGAGACAUAUCGAUCAGAUAGUACUGUCGCAGCUGACGAUGGCCCCGGACAGCGGCGCCCUCCUCGCGGACGAGGCCCUCGAGGGCUCGGGGAGCGGGGACAGGUCGUUGUGGGUCAGGCGGCCUGCACACGGCUUCGACGACGCCAACAACGACGACGAGGACGCGGACGACGACCUGGACGACAUCGAGGCCUCGGGAUCCGGCAUGGGUCCGUCCGUCAUUGAUCGGAUCCAACCGAACGGCAGCGAUUCGAAGCUGAUGAGCACGGCAUCGAAGCUCAGGUUUGACUGA